AUGACCACGGUGACCAGUGAACAGAGAGACAGCAGCCGGUCCCGCGCUGCUAUGGAAGAGAGCGUUAGCUACACGAGUGCACGUGGCCAUGCCGUCAAGCUUGAUCCCCGCGAAAUCCCCUUCUUCCUGCCAGCGGCAUUUCCCCGUCGCGCCCGUCUUAUGAGUGGCACUUGCUCCUGUGAGCCCGAGUCCUCCCUCCUUUCCGUGGACGUGGGUACGGCCUCCGUGCCUUCGCCC